AUGGUUGCUGGAAGGAAUGAUGAUGCACUUGCAACGGCAUUGACCUUGUUGGCUGGUACUAUUCUGCAAAUGAAUGCUGGCGAUCGAGAGUGUGAUGUUGAUGAGUUUCGUGCUUUGGGGAAGUUCCAGAGGAACAAUCCGCCAACUUUUGAAGGAGCUCAUGAACUUGACAAUGCUCAAGAGUGGUUGAAGAAAGAAGCUGAGGAUUGGUGGCGCAACACUGUUCAAAGAUUUGAUGAGGAUGGCAUUGAAGUGACUUGGGCAAUUUUCCGUGAUGCUUUUCUGGAGAAGUAUUUUCCAAAAGAUGUUCGUGGAAAGAAGGAAAUUGAAUUCCUUGAGUUGAAGCAAGUUAAUGGUACCGUAGCUGAGUAUGCUGCAAAGUUUGAGGAAUUGAUCAAAUUUUGUCCCCAUUACAAUACUGUUAAUGCUGAGAGAUCCAAGUGUCUUAAGUUUGUGAAUGGCUUGAGACCUGAUCUCAAGAAGGCAAUUGGUUACCAACAGAUUACGGGAUUUUCUGAGUUGGUUAACAAGAGUAGAAACUAUGAUUAG